AUGGCCAAUAAAUAUAAGAAAAGACGCACUAAAAAAGAAAGCUGUAUAAGAAAUAGAGAAAAUAAAUAUGCGCCUAUUAUAGCAAAUAGUUUUAUUUCAUUUUUUAUGCGGGCAGUGCCAUUGGGAAGAGAAGAUGAAUCAACUGCGAUUUACAAAUUAUUAAAAGAGUCUAUUGAGGAAAAGGAGUAUGGCGUGCUGUACGUGAGUGGAAUGCCAGGGUGUGGUAAGACCCUAACGUGUAAUAGUGUUCUUGAGAUAGUUAAAGAAAACUAUCCAGCUGUCACUAUUGCGAGUGUUAACUGUGGGUCUCUUAUUCUUCCUUCAGAUGUUUUUCUUGCGAUUCACCAGAUAAUUACUCCUUCUGUAACACAGUCAUCAGCAAGAAUGCUAGAAGAGACACUUAAAUAUCAGCCGUACACAAUAAUACUGGCAGAUGAGGUGGACAUGCUUAUAACAAAAAAUCAGCACAUUUUGUAUGGGCUGCUGGAGUUGCCGUCUCUUUGCAAGAAUUUAUACAUUAUUGCUAUUUCAAAUACGUUUAAUCUUCCAGAUAACAAGCUGACGGGAAAGGUAAGAAGUCGUCUAGGGUGGAACAGGCUCAACUUUGCGCUGUAUAAGAGAUCGCAAGUAGUGGGGAUACUUAAGGAAAUGCAUCCAGAGUAUGAAUUUACAGAUGAGGCCUUGGAGUACUGUGCAAAUAAGAUAUGCACGCUAAAUGGGGAUAUAAGAAAAGCACUGCAAAUACAAAAGCACGCAAUGGCACAUGCGCUUAGAAAUGAUAUUAAGAAAAUAGAGAUGGAAGACAUGGACAGGGCAAUAAAAUACGUCUACCAUUCAAUGCAGAGCAGUUUUAUCCGGUCACUUUCUGAGUACCAGAAGAUUCUCCUAGGGAUUGUUGCAAGGAAGGGAUACUCCUUUCCAGACAGUCUGUAUGUUGACUUCCGGGCAACUCUCUCCCUGAAGCAGUUCCCUCUGCCAACCUUUAAAGAGUUCCAGUUUUUGGUGGAGAAAAUGGUAGAAAUGGGCGUGUUAAAGGGAAGAAGCAACAGUCUGGCAGUAGAAACAGAUUAUAUUCCAGAUGAGCUUGAUAUUAUUUUUGAAGAGGAAGAAAAUGACUAUCUUGAGGUAAUUCCUAUCUAA